UUCCUCGAGCGCAUCCUCGAACGCGCUACUCUUCGUGUCAGUGUCGCGACGGCAGUCACAGCCAGUCAGUCAUCUUGGACCGGUGUCUCUUCGUCAUCGUCAAUGUAUCGUGAUCCCCGCAGCAGGAUCAGCGAGGGUGAUCUUUGCACCCUAUAGUGGCGAACCAGCGUACUCUUAAUUCUGGAUUAUAACAAGUGUGACUUUCGGUUGUUCAGUGAGUGUCUCACGGGGGUGGAACAGGUGCUUUCACGAAAAAAAGAAACAGAAUAUUUGGCGAAUAAAUUAUUGACAGUACUGUCAAAAGUGUUCGAGUUUGGUUCUCGUUGAGGAUGGAACGAGUACGGAACGAAGAGGAGGAGGAUUUAUAACGACGCUGUUUAGCUCGCCUGAAAUAACAGGAGGAAUGCGCGCGCGGUGAAUCAGCUUCCUCCGCGAGAGAAGCGAAUUUCCUGACGGCGAGCACGCGAUUCCAGGAUCGACGAGGAUCCUCGACAGCCGUAUCGUUGGAUCGACUGCAAGGGAUCGAGUGAGAAAAGCCAGAACCACCGACAACCCAGAUUCGGGAUCGUUACGACAAACGGCUCUUCUUGGAAGGAAAGGAGAUCGCGACUGAAAGUCACUAAUGCCGCGCCACUAGCUAUCUGUGUAUCUACUGUCGAAGAAGUCGGGAUGGCGAUCGCGAAAUGUCUGAUCUUUGGGAUACUACUGAUCCUGAAGAUCGAUCGAUCCAUCCAAGGACAAUUCGUACGAUUAGAUCUAGAUCAUCCCGAGGAGAUGACGGUACCGGUCGGUGAGAAACUGAUUCUACGAUGCUCUAUGAGCUCGAACUCAGAAACGUCCUGGUACAAGGGCGACAAGACCUUCCGGCCGUCGUCGCCUAGAAUACGGCUGAUGAAGCAGUCCUUGAGAUUCAAGUACGUCGAACCCGAAGACUCUGGCUCGUACGGUUGUCUGGUCGAAUCGAUCGGGAUGCUCGAAUGGAGGAACGUGACGAUACGAAUUGAGUCGUUACAGAACGAUGGCUACCAGCACGAAACCGAGAAACUGACUGCUCACAAACCCGAAGAGGAGACCAACGAAUUGGAAAUGGAACCGAGAAACCUGCCAGAGACGCGGUCGCUGCAUCUGGACAGCGACAACGUGGACAGCGAUCUUGAUAACGAUAAGAACGAGAACGAGACAGCUGGUGAACACAACAACACCGCUCCAGAACGAGCACCGUCGUUCAACAAAAGCGUCGAGAUGCCUAAUGUAGUGGUGAAACCAGCUGGAAAUAUGUUACGUCUCAGGUGUCCGAGCUUUGGCAAUCCAACGCCAAAUAUCACCUGGUUAAAGAACAACAAAGAACCGAAAAGGAAGCUCGGCGAACCGGUGAUCACCAAGUGGAUAUUCAGAUUGGAGGAUCUAGUACCUGAAGACAGUGGUAAUUACACCUGCGUCGUGUGCAAUUACCUGGGAUGCAUCAAUCGCACCUCCAAGGUUGAUAUUGUCGAGACCGUGAAACAUCGGCCAAUACUGACCAGGCCACCGAGAAACACGACCGUUCUGAUAGGAGACAACGUUACUAUGACCUGUGAGGUUCUAUCGGAUGCGCAUCGCCACCUCGAAUGGUAUCACGGUUAUCACACCUCUUUCGACACUGUCAACAAAACCAAUCAAAGUUUCCGGGUGGAGGUCAAGGCUGGAGGCGCAGAGAAUCCUGAAGUACUGAAGUUAUAUAAUGUAACUGAACAAGACGAAGGAUGGUACACUUGUAUCGCGCAAAAUGCCUUGGGAGAAACUUUCAGCAGUGCCUAUCUUCGAGUGGUCGAAACUCUGGAAGAACAGGGAAUGCCGAUAACAGCGAAACCACAGAUUCUCGUCAACGUCCUCGCGGCUGUUCUCUUCAUUUUCUUCGCCGUGGGCGUAGUGGUGGUCAUAUAUAUCUUCCACCGUUUAAAACGCGAGAAGAUGAAGAAAUUGCUGGCCAUUGAGACAGCGAGAGCCGCGGUUGUUACUCAAUGGACCAAAAAGGUGAUCGUCGAGAAACAGAAUCUGGUGAACGCUCAGAACGUUCAAGAACCCUUGCUGAUGCCUGUGGUGAAAAUCGAGAAACAAAAAUCAACCGUCGCCGCAGAGGAUAGCAACGGAGGAAGCAUUUCUGAAUACGAACUCCCGGUGGACAGUGCCUGGGAACUGUCCAGGGAACAUUUGAUCUUGGGAAACACUUUGGGAGAGGGUGCUUUUGGAAAAGUGGUCAGAGCGCAAACGAACACUGGCAAACCUGGAAUCCCUAACGUCGUCGCUGUAAAAAUGCUGAAAGAGGGCCACACAGACGCCGAGAUGAUGGACUUGGUUUCCGAAAUGGAGAUGAUGAAGAUGAUCGGUAAACACGUGAACAUCAUCAAUCUGCUAGGCGCGUGUACACAAGGAGGACCGUUAUACGUUGUCGUGGAAUUCGCGCCACACGGCAAUUUACGAGACUUCCUUCGUGAUCACAGACCAUCGUCAGGAUACGAACCAACGAUCGGCCAAGAGCAGAAGGAGAAAAAAACGCUCACGCAAAAGGACUUGGUGUCGUUCGCGUACCAAGUAGCCAGGGGUAUGGAAUACUUGGCUAGCAGAAGAUGUAUUCAUAGGGAUUUGGCGGCCAGGAACGUCCUGGUCAGCGACGAAUACGUGUUGAAGAUCGCGGACUUUGGACUCGCCAGGGAUAUCCACUGUCACGACUAUUACAGGAAAACGACAGACGGAAGACUUCCGGUUAAAUGGAUGGCGCCCGAGGCUUUGUUUCAUCGGGUCUAUACCACUCAGUCCGACGUAUGGUCGUACGGAAUUCUGUUGUGGGAGAUCAUGACAUUGGGUGGCACCCCUUAUCCGUCCGUACCGUCCGUGGAAAAAUUGUUCCAGUUACUAAGGACUGGACACCGAAUGGAAAAACCACCGUGUUGUUCCAUAGAAAUAUACAUGUUGAUGAGAGACUGCUGGAGCUAUCAGCCCAACGAGAGACCAAUGUUUGGGGAACUGGUAGAAGAUCUCGAUAGGAUAUUGACGAUAACUGCGAACGAAGAAUAUUUGGACCUUGGUCUUCCGCAAUUAGAUACACCGCCUUCCAGUCAAGAGUCCAGCGACGCGGACGACGACGGGAGUGAAGAAAACUUUCCAUACCUCCUGUGAGGAUGAUUUCAAUGCCCAUUGAAACGUUCAACGAGAAUAACGAAUAAAAACGAAGCGAAAAAGAAAAAUAAUAAAAAAGAAAAAAAAAAAUGAAACGAAGGAAAAGCUCCGAGGUAUGGAAGUCGAUCGACUGACCUAACGAACACGCCAAAUAAUAUAAAUCAGUAUUGACCUGUUAGCGCGUAUCCUGUAGUGUUAAGGAAGAUGAUAGGAAGAACGAUUAUCAAGAAAACGGAACUCGAGGCCUUCGAAGAGACUGAUCUUCAUACGGAGAAAACACUGUAUUUAUUUUCCUGUUAUCCUGUAGUAUCCCGACGAUCUUUCAAACGUUGGAACAUUUUCACCUUCGCAAUGAUAUCGUGAUUCGUUCGAUCAACACAUUGAACACUUUAGUGCGUCAACGAACAAUAUUGUUUUCGAAUAGAGAAGAAGAAUAACCCAAAGCGUUUCAACGUCGUCGAAUUUUGUACAUGUUUAUUACCGUGCCAUUAACAAGUGCCUUGGGAAGAAUGUGAGAAGCUUAGGCAAUUUUCAGCCAGGGCUUUUGUUACCCAGGGAUAGAGGAAUGGGAAGAGAUAAUUUACACAGGAAAUCGAUUCAUCUCGAUGCGAAACGUGUUUGUAACUAGUCAAUUGAUACAGUUUUACGUUUCUCUGUAAUAUAUAGUAGUAAACGAUAAAUCGUAUACAAAGUUAAGUGUUUAUACGCGAAAAAGGACAUUGAACCGCGAGUUUUCGCGCAUUUUUGAAGAUUUUUACGUGGGGGAAGAGCUCAUUUGGCUCACGCGAUAUCGCGUGCUUGCUUGUCUAACGUUAAAUAUCUGAUCGCGCGAGAUUUGCAAAGUUUCUCCAAUCAUUAAUCGUCCAAGUCCGAUGUACACAAAAUGUGAAAGAUGUAUAAAUGAUACAUGCGAGGAGUGGCGUUUAGUCGUAGAUAAUUUAUUUCUUGUAUAUUGUUACUUAGGGCCUGUUUAGGGAUUCAUUCUCUGUUUUAUUUUUCUCCUUUCUUUCUUUUUUGUAUCAACGUCAAGCGGAAUAAUGUAUGUGUAAAAUAAAGAAACAAAAGGACACACCACGUUGAUUUAACGAGAGUAUAUAAACGCGCGUUCGUAGAGUCGGAAAACUUUGUAUAUAGCGGCGAUGAUUGUUUAUUUAAAAAAUGUUUCUCCUGUUACCCGACACACCUAAAGGUAGCCAGUAAAUCAGCAUUUACCAAGGUAGGAUCGUAUGUAUAGUCUGCGCAAAUAUUGGAUUAUUAUUGUAACGUGAGUUUCAUCUCGAAUAAAUCACUGGAAACUGUACCCACAUUA